UUCUCAUUGCUCGCUCGGUCUGCAGAAGUACGAAAUUUGACUAGGGCAUCGAAAGGGUUACAUGUCCGCCCCCGUCCCUGGUGGUGCCUCCUCCACCGCGGCGGAGCCGCCUCCCUAUCGGCCUUACACUCUCGCGCACGUUCUCACCGGCCAUUCGCGCGCCGUCUCAUGCGUGAAGUUCUCCAACGAUGGCCUCUUGCUGGCUUCUGCCUCUCUCGACAAGACCGUCAUCAUCUGGUCCGCCAAAACCUUCGCCGCUGUCUCUACCUUGAUCGGCCAUGCUGAAGGCAUAUCUGACGUCGCCUGGUCCUCUGACUCCCACUACAUCUGCUCUGCCUCCGACGAUCGCACGCUCCGCGUCUGGGACGUUCGGCCCCCAACCGACUGCGUCAGGAUCCUCCGCGGUCACCUCUCCUUGGUUUUCUGCGUCGACUUCAACCCCCCUUCCGAUCGCAUCGCCUCCGGCUCGUUCGAUCAGACUCUGCGGGUCUGGGAUGUCAAGAGUGGCAAGUGCGUCAAGACAAUUGAGGCGCACAACGAACCAGUAACCUCUGUCCACUUUAUUCGGGAUGGAUCGAUCAUCGUCUCAGGUAGCCGUGACGGGUCGUGUAAGAUCUGGGACGCGGUGUCAGGGGCGUGCCUCAAGGUGCUUAUCGACGACAAGACACCUGCUGUGUCCUUCGCCAAGUUCGCCCCCAAUGGAAAGUUUAUUCUUAUUGCUACCCUCGAUGACACCCUGAAGUUAUGCAAUUAUGCAUUGGGGAAGUUCUUAAAGGUUUAUACAGGCCAUGUCAACCGACAAUACUGCAUCACUUCUACCUUUUCUGUCACAAAUGGUAAAUAUAUAGUCAGCGGCUCAGAAGAUAACUGCGUCUAUAUAUGGGACCUUCAAAGUAAACAGAUAAUUCAAAAACUGGAAGGCCACACCGACACAGUCAUCUCAGUUACUUGUCAUCCCAUGGAAAACAAAAUUGCUUCUGCUGGCCUUCAUAAUGAUAGAACAGUCAGGAUUUGGGUUCAAUAGUCUGUUUGAGGGUAACAACAUAGCUACAUCGAUCAGAUACCAGUGUAUCUGUUGCUCUGAGUCACUUGCUUGUUUAAAGGUAACAAUAAUUGUAUCAUUUAUCUAUCAAUGUAUCUGUUGCUCUGUGAGGAAUGUGCUGGUUGGACAGUUCUGCGAAGUCUAUGUAAAUGUUGAGUUAAUGAGGAAUUAUUUUACGUUUGCUAAUGGAAUGCAAUGGCAAUGAGAAUAGAAAAAGAUUGUCGAUUCUUAUGAA